UAAGUUUUUCCAAGAGACAAAAGACUCAGAUAUAUUUUACUAAAAAUUAGAGUCAAACAUAAACAAGUGUCGUAAACUUGAGUUACUAUUGACCAAAAAAAAAAUUGACUUACCCGAAACUUGAAAAAGGAUCGAUUUUGAAUUCCGUGAGUCGGAUUGAGUAGCGCACGGGUGCCGGCGAGCUUAACACCCCUGAUAGAAGGGGCUCAAGAGGGUUGAGUUUCUCUCAUUUCUCCACCAUCUCUCGAUCUUGUCGAGCCCCAAAACGCUAUUGCUUGACGACCCUUUGGAGAAACCCAGGGUUUUCUUGUCUCACCGGUAUUAUAACCGGAGGGCUUGUGAUUGAUCUACCAAGAGUUGUAUUCAGAGUUGGAAGGGCCUUUGUCGUCUUCUUUUAGUUUAAUCUUCAAUGAUGGGAGAGAAUGAUGAGGAAAUGGAUGCAACCGUUCUAGUUUCGAGUAAGUACAGGGAAUUGAUUGGCACUCAAGAUUUAAGCUGCAAAUGGUUGUGCAAUCUGCCUGAUGAGAUUCUCCUACGCGUCCUAGAUUUUCUAUCGACGAGAGAUGCGGUGAGAAUGAGUGUGUUGUCGAAAAGGUGGAAGCACUUGUCGAAGUCGAUUCCUAGUCUCAUCUUCGAUGAAGAAGAUUUCUUCGAGAAGUCGCGGUUCUUAAACUUUGUGGAAGGAGCAUUGUCGUUUCGUGACCUGUCUCCUUUGAAAGCUUUUUCUCUUUCAUGUUAUGUGGACAAUGACGAAUCUCGCAUAAAUACUUGGGUCGAUGCUGCGAUAAGACGCAAAGUUCAGGAGCUUCACUUGUGCCUCCUUGUAGAAAUACAUUCUCCUGUUAAGUAUACGUUGCCCUGUUGUAUAUUCAGGUGUGAAACACUGGUAAAGUUCCAUCUUGAAAUGCUUCAUAAUUUCAGAGUUCCUUCUUUAGUUUGUCUUCCAAAUCUGAAGGUCUUAACUCUAGAAUAUGUUGGAUUUGGGGAUGAUAAUUCAUUCGAGAAGCUGCUUGCGUGCCCUUCCCUCGAGGAGUUGUCUCUUAAGAAUUGCAGGGGCCGGCAAAUCAAGGUUUUGAACAUUGGUGCUCCCAAUCUUUUGAAAUUGACGAUAGUUCAAUAUGACUUUUUUCCGGGUUUGAAUAGAGACUGCCAAGUACGGAUUCAUGGAGCUAGAAUCAAAUCCUUACACUAUUCUGGUCAUUAUGGUGGUGGUGACCAUACCAUAUCAUGUCCAUCGUCACUAGUUGAAGCUGUCAUUACAGUGUUUUAUCCAGCAGAGGAAAUACCUGAUCAAUGUGCCGACCGUGUAUUUAAGCUCUUAAAGGAUCUUUCUAAUGUAGAACAUCUUACUUUAUUUUACGAAGGCCUUCAGGAUAUGAAUGAGAGACAAGAUCUCUUCGACUCUUUUCCAGUCUUCCGUAGCCUUACCCAAUUGAAGUUGGACAUCAGACCGACGUACUUAGAUUGUAGAGCGCUUCAGGUCAUGCUCAGCCAAAGUCCUUGUCUGAGAAGUCUCGUGUUUGCCGCGGGCUUGAUCGAGGACUCUGGAAUCGAUGGCUGGACGCUCGACCCAGUGCCUCAGUGUUUUCUCUCGUCGCUUAAAGAGAUCAGGAUUUGCAACUUCAUUGCAGAUGACCACGAACUCUUAGCUGUGAGAGUUCUACUUAGGACUGCUGAAGUUUUGGAGAAAUUGUUUAUACAUUGUUCUCGGGGCUAUAGGAAAUACUUUCAAGGGAACUUGAGGAAACAUUUGAUGAAGCUUCCUCGGGCUUCAGAUCGAUGCGCGAUUUUGCUAGACUUCAGGGAGGAGUGCAGUGCAUGCUCUGGGGAGUUUGAUUUGUUUGGAUUAUUAUAAUAGCUGUCUUUGCUGAAAUUAGAACGUCUUCCUGAAGUAGGACAUCCAUCAUUUGGCUAUAGGUGAAAUCAUGCUCUCAUCACUGGUUCUUCAAGUUCGCCUUUUUGGAGGACCAA